GUUGAGAGACGGCGUCAGCGUGUGAUGAGAGGAGCGCACACCGAACCGGAGCGAAACGGCACCAGUGCACCGGGCGACCGGGGGGAGCGGGUCAUUCUGGUUUCCUUUGAAUGGCGGAAACGCACCCUGAGAAACAAGACGCGUGAAUAAAUAAUUUGCAGACCAUGAACUAUGUGGGUCAGUUGGCGGGCCAGAUGUUUGGGCAAGUCAAGGAGCUGUACAGAGGUCUCAACCCCGCAACACUGUCUGGAUGCAUCGAUGUCAUCGUGGUGCGGCAGCCCGAUGGCUCCCUGCAGUGCUCCCCCUUUCACGUCCGCUUCGGCAAGAUGGGCGUCCUGCAAUCCCGUGAAAAAGUGGUGGACAUAGAGAUCAAUGGAGAGCCGGUGAGUCUGCACAUGAAGCUGGGAGAGAAUGGAGAGGCCUUCUUCGUCAAAGAGACGGAGAACAUGCUGGAAGUUGUGCCGUACUACUUGGCAACAUCACCCAUCAGGUCAAUCGGAGAGGAGUUAAUGGAGUCCCAGCUGGGCAGGGGCCUUCCUCGUCACCAUGACACUUUACCCUGCAACUCGCUUCCAGUCCAGAACCUGGGACACCAGCAAAGUGAUGGUGUGGUGAACAAGAAGAGGAGGAAGAGGAGGAGGAAGAUACGGCAAGAGGGAGGCGGAGGUGGAGGAGGGAGACGAGAAGAGAGCGGGGAAGAGUUCUCGGAGGAUGAGGACAUGUUUACUAUUGACUUGAGCUCGGACGAGGAAAGAGACUCUGACGUCAGCAGGCCUAUGUACGGUGAUCAUGGGACUACAGCCAUCACCCAUUCACAGCCCAGCACUGAUUGGACUCGUUCUCAGAGUCAAGCGAUUAAGGAGUCUCUUUCCAUCCCUCCGCCAUGUGGUCUGUCCUUCUCCUGUCCUCAGCAGACCUCUCACUUCUCUUCUCUUGUUAGCAACCCCGAUGAUUCACGGUCAUCAACACCAAAGAGCGACUCAGAGCUAACCAAUCAGAAUAAAGACAACCCAGAGAUGCUUUGGACCUGGGGGGAGCUGCCACAGGCUGCCCAGCCGGACUUCCUGACUUCGCACCUGAGGCAGGAGCUGGACCCGAAUGUCUCUGUCCCACUGUCAGCCAGCACUCACUUCAGAGCUAUCAGUGACAGAGGACCCCCUUCCCUCACUCUCUAUGGCACCCAGCCAGGGGAGAGCACUGGUACUGGUGGGUAUGAGGACCCUGAGGAAACCAGACACAGAGCCAGAGAUGGACUAGGUGAUAAGACUGGGUACAAGGCUGGAGGGGAGCCAGAGAGGCAGGUGGAGAAUGUGGGGCUGUUGUGUACGGAGAUUGAGGGUCUAACAGCCGGCUCAGUGUCUCCCAGGAUUCUCCUCGAUCAUCUGGACGAAGGUGGAAACAGAGGAAGUCCCAUCAGAACAACCGAUUCACCCUCCAAGAGGAAAGAAAAGAGGAGCCAACACCUGGGUUCCGAUGGUGUGUACCUGGAUGACCUUACAGAGCUGGAGCCUGAAGUCGCUGCUCUCUACUUCCCUAAAAGCGAUGGAGGCAGCAGCUCAAUGAAAGCAGACUCGGAGAUGAUGAUGAUGGGAGUGCGGGGCGCUAAUCAAUCGCCACAGUCGGUGGGCAGCAGUGGGAUGGACAGCGGCAUGGACAGUCUGUCCGACCAGUUAGGAGACCUGCCACACGUCACCAUCUCAUUGUGUGGAGGGCUCACUGACAACAGGGAGAUCACAAGAGAGCAGUUCCAGGAGAGGGCAGUUUCUUUCAAGCAGUUCUCGGAAAACCCGUCUCUUAUUGAGGACCCCAACCUGGUGGUGAAAAUAGGAAACAAAUACUACAACUGGAACACAGCAGCUCCCGUCAUGCUGGCCAUGCAGGUCUAUCAGAAACCUCUGCCACAGGCCUCAGUGGAGAACAUCAUGAAGGAGAAGAUGCCAAAGAAAGGAGGACGCUGGUGGUUCUCGUGGAGGAGCGGGAACAGUGAAUCCAAAUCGGAAUCAGUGUCAGAGGCCGGGGGAGUCAGAGGAGAGAGCUCCCUCACGAUGGCCUCAGUGAACAGGAUGAAGGACGAGUCGUCCUCAAGUGAUGAGGACCACAGAUCCUCCAAUCACAUGUCAGGAUCCUGCCAGGCAGAGCCCAUGAUGAGUUCUGGCAGCAUCUGCUAUACGAAGACUCUGCGGCUCACCUCAGAGCAACUGGCCAGCCUGCAGCUGAAGGACGGUCCUAAUGAGGUGGUGUUCAGUGUGACAACUCAGUAUCAGGGCACCUGUCGCUGCAUUGGCGCAAUUUAUCUUUGGAGCUGGGAUGACAAGAUAGUCAUCUCCGAUAUAGACGGAACCAUCACGAGGUCCGACACGCUGGGUCACAUCCUCCCCACCCUGGGUAAAGACUGGACCCACCAGGGAAUCGCACGGCUCUACCACAGAGUCAGCCAGAACGGAUAUAAAUUCAUGUACUGCUCGGCGAGGGCCAUCGGCAUGGCGGACAUGACGAGAGGCUACCUGCACUGGGUCAAUGAGAGGGGAACCAUGCUGCCAAUAGGUCCGGUGCUGCUCAGCCCCAGCAGCCUGUUCUCUGCCCUGCACAGGGAGGUGAUUGAGAAGAAACCAGAGAAGUUUAAGAUCGAGUGCCUCACAGACAUUAAGCAGCUUUUCUACCCCAACACGGAACCUUUCUACGCUGCCUUUGGCAACAGAGCUACAGAUGUGUAUUCCUAUAAGGAGGUGGGUGUUCCACUCAACAGGAUUUUUACUGUCAAUCCCAAAGGGGAGCUCAUACAGGAGCAUGCCAAGACAAAUAUCUCCUCCUUCGGGCGUCUCUGCGAUAUGGUCGACCAUGUCUUCCCAGUCCUGAUUCAAAACGGGGGCUCAGACCUCCCCUGCUCUGACACGUUUGACCAGUGCGACUACUGGAACAAAGCACUUCCUGAUGGCGCCAACCAGGAUGAGGAAGAAGAAGACCCACAGCCCCUUAAGACAAGCUGAGGAAACCCCAUUGAAUCCAGCACAGAGGUCACUGCACUCCAGCUUUUCUUUAAAUCGCAGUCAUCACACAACACUGCUGUCAGUGGUUUUGUGAUCGAAGUGAGUGGAGAUGCAGGUUCGAUUCAUCCAAGAACUUUGAGAAAUGUACUCAAACAUAAAAUGAUUUAAGGAACUGAGCGCUGUGACUUAACAUAAAUAACUGUGACUACUGAAACAAAAGAGAAGUACGAGACCUCAAAGACAACCUUACUGGGGAAAAAAUAGGAAUUGAUACAACCUGUGUCGGCAAAACAAGUGUGUGUGUGUGUGUGGGGGGGGGGGGGGACGUAGAGAGGAAUCCUCAACACACAAUCACAUUUCACAAUUUUACAAGUGCAUUGACUCACGACACGCAAACAUCAGUAAAACUGCAUAACACAGCUAUACACAUUUUAAUUCUAGUCACCAUUCUCCCCCACAUCACAUAGAAUUUAUAGUUGUAGACAGAAAAGCAACAACACAAAACUCAAUCUUAUGUGCGAAUAUGGAUUAAUGUCAGGGCUUGUUUGAAAUCAAUUUCUCUCCAUUCAUAUCGCCUAACAAACGUUUUCUGGAUUUUGUUCUAAACACAAGUAACUGUUAAAAGACCUUUCUUUAUUAUAAGCAUCAGCUGUCACAAGCUGGCUAUAGUUAAACAACAAUAAUGAGCAACAUUAAAUAUAUUCUAUUGAGUUAUUUAGAUCUCAGUUUCUUCUUGCAUCAGUCAUUUUUUAUAUAUUUUUAUGGAAGUAUUCUGGCUUUUCUUUUAUCCAUAACACACAGCAGACACUCAGCAUCUUGUUCCAUCUGCUCGAGGUGUGUGGCUGUAGUCAGCACGCUCAGCAGAUACAGCACCAGAAACAACACAUAACACUAUAGAAAAAAAACGUUGGGAAACUGCAGAAACAACUAGAGGCACAGAUCAUGUAUCCAGUCUUUUUCUGUGGCCAGCUCCUCAGCAGCUCCAGUUAAGGCGUGUGGUCAUUUGACCGUGCUACUGUGAACAAUUCUAGAUAUCCAACAAAGUGCUCAGUGCGCUCAAGUGCUCCAGGGACAUGCAGGACAAUGCAACUAGUCAAGUGUUCUUUACGUCUGUUUUUGAUAUACAUACAUGUGUGUGAAUACAUUAACUCUAGUGACAUGCUAGAAUGUAGAACAUGAACCACUCACAGUGUGUGUUAUUCCAAUGACUAAUGCUCAUCAAUGCAAUUACUGUAUAAGGUUAUACAGGAUAAGGUCAGGUUUGGUCAGUUUUAUGGUCGCUGCAUAAAUCAGUAUACUUUCUGUCUUAUAUAUUUAUUUAUUUAUAUGUGUAUGUAUACAUACAUAUAUACAUUUAUGUAUUUAUAUACAUGCAUCCGCACAAACACAAAUAGUUGUUCGUAGAUGUCUUUCAUUAUGUGUUCAUCCAUAAAUAAUAUAUGCUGUUACGCAGUAAUGGGAGAUGGACGUCUGUCUGUUUAUUUUUUUUAGCACUUAUAUAGAUUUAAGCUAGGGGAAACCACUGUAAAUAAUAAUUAACAAUAUUCUUUUAUGAAGUGACCUUUAAAAAAAGAAUCUUUUAAAAUACUUGUUACUGGUUGUCAUUCAAACACACUUGCAUCCAUUACUAUAACUCUGACUCCAUUAAACCAGUGGCCACCUGUUGCCCUAAGAGGUGUCAGUUUCAACAUGUGGCCACGAAAAGCCAUAGAUCAACAUUUCAGUAUUUUAAGAAAGCCAAUAGACGGAUUCACUGUCCCUGAUGUAAAGUCAGCUGGUAAUUGGACGUUUUGCUUUGUUUUGUUGCCUCUGGUUUAUCGCAGGCAAAAUGCUUUUACCUUUUUGGAAAAAUAAAAAUAAACCCAUGUAAAAACUCUGGAGUUGAAUGUUCGACAGCUUCAAGAAAAGAAAAAAAAAGAAAAUGACUGUAGUUCCCUGCUGAUUUUUUUAUGAUUGAAAAUAAUCUGAAAUUAAUUCACCAGAUUCUAGUUAGAAAUCAACAGGGACAUUUGUGCUCUGAUAUUAAUGUGUGAUAUGUUGAAGAAAUGUGAAAACUAAAUGCCAGAAUACAGUUAACAAGACCUCUUAGUGUGUUAUACCGUUUGAACAUAGGAUAGAUGUGUAUCUGUGAUCCUGCUGGAAGGAAAACUAGUCAGGAGUCCACUGAGAGGAAUCCAGUGUAAUCUAUGUAAGAGGAAAACAUACAUGUUGUUGUAAUGUUAAAACUGCAUAUUUACAUGGAUGUAACAUUGACUGUUUCUUCCCCUAAUCUUUGUACGGCACUUAACGAAAGGAACAGAUUCAAUAAUAUGGCUUCCACAAUUCAUAACAAUGGGAUUUACAGUUAUGAAACAGAUUGUCUCAGUUUAGGGCUUUGACUUUGUUAUGUCUUUUUCUUAGUUUGUUUGGAAAUAGUUUCUAAAUUGAAUCAUAAUCUGCUAAUCCCUCUGCCAUAUUAAUAGAUCAUUUUGUGAUUUUCUUUUCAUAAUUACAUUAUAAAUAUCUCCUUAUUAGUAGAUCUUAUCAAUGAAAUGUGGAAGUCCAAAUAAGAAAAGAGGAUUUUGCUAAUGCAACGCUACUUAUAUUAGAGUCAAUCAUCUCUCCGAUGAUGAAUGUUCACCUCAUUCUUUCUGUGAAAGAUUUGUGAAAGGUCUUGACUAAUUAUCAGGUCUCUCUCUGUGUUGGCAUGAAUGUGGAUCCGGUCUGCUGUCCUGUGUAAAGGUUUUGCUUUGGGCCGCUCAACAGGCAGCCUACCGCAGGGUGCAGUGCGAGCUACUGUUAUCAACGUUGUUGGAAUAAAUCUGUGCUACGGACAAAUUUUUCAAUAAACUCAACUUUGAUUA